AUGACGACGGAAAACAACACGAAGCCCAGCUGGUACCAGGCGAAUGUCAGAAGCAUCAACUCAGAUGCGCAGAAGUUACUGGAAAACUAUAGUGGCCUCCGAGCGGAAGACGUUGUUCCCCAUGUCUUAGAGCUGCGGGAUGAAGCAUUCAAGGUCUGCCCUUAUCCCUGUAUAGGUCAAAUGCGCUUUCUCUCCUUUCAUCUCGCACGCCAUCCUGCCUACGGCCGUGUCCUGGAAUAUCUCCGCAACAACCCGACGGCCGGGCUUCUCGACGCCGGCUGCUGCGUUGGACAAGAGAUCCGCUUUUUAGCCCACCAGGGCAUCCCUGGCCAUCAGCUGUUCGGCCUUGACAUCGAGAAGACAUUUAUCGACCUUGGGUACCGAUUGUUCCAAGACAAAGACCGACUAGAAGCCACCUUCACGUUGGGGGAUCUUACAGAGGACAAUGAUAGUGAGGCAUUGGCACAGACGCUCGGCGGCAAGAUCGAUAUCGUGUUUGCAAGCUCUCUCCUCCACCUCUGGAACUAUGCAGAACAGCUAAAGGCGACAACGCAGUUGGUGCGGCUUCUUCGUGACCAAGUCGGCGUCAUGGUCGUUGGUCGCCAGCUUGGCAGUCUGUUUGCGGGCGAGUAUCCUCUCACUGGUUUCAACGAUGGAACGCAGUAUCGCCAUAACUUGGAGUCAUUGAAGGGAUUGUGGCAUGACGUCGGACAGGCGACCAGUACCCAAUGGAAGGUGGAAGCACGGUUGGAGAUGGAGGAUCUCCUCCGGCAGAAUCUCGAUGCAUCAUGGGGAGACUCGAACAUGCGGAUGAUUUGGUGGAGUGCCACGAGAGUCAAAUAA